GGACUUUCUCAGGGAUUUCCUAUGUGCUUGUUGCGGGAUUUCCUAUGAAGUAUGAACAUAGAAAAGAAAAGGGUGCGAGAGACAGGCGUGGAAAGCAGAGAAAGGCAAAGAAAUAGAGGAAAGAGAAAAGUCCUUAUUCUUUUGGGUUAGUUCCUCCGGAACUCACUUUCAUUGUAGCAACAAGUGGCAGCCCCACUGUAUAUACUCGCAUCCAAAAGAAUGAGCUAUAAUAGCGCCACUCUUGGUUCUGGUAGUAGAACUGCUGGAAGAACAUUUGAGUUUGGAAGGACCCAUGUGGUCAGGCCAAAAGAGAGACACCAGGCAACUAUAGUUUGGCUACACGGUCUUGGUGACAAGGGCUCAAGUUGGUCUCAGCUCUUGGAAACCCUUCCUCUUCCAAAUAUAAAAUGGAUUUGUCCUACUGCUCCAACCCGGCCAGUUGCUUUAUUUGGUGGAUUCCCUUGCACUGCUUGGUUUGAUGUGGGGGAUAUUUCAGAAGAUGGUCCUGAUGAUUUAGAGGGGUUAGAUGCCUCAGCAGCACAUGUUGCAAAUCUUUUGUCAACGGAGCCUGCUGAUAUCAAACUUGGCAUUGGGGGCUUCAGUAUGGGUGCUGCCAUUGCCCUAUAUUCUGCCACAUGUCGCAUCAUAGGGCAAUAUGGGAAUGGAAACCUGUAUCCGGUAAACCUAAGUGCAGUUAUUGGUCUAAGUGGCUGGCUUCCAUGUUCAAGCACCUUGAGGAAUCGGAUGGAAAGGUCACAUGAGGCUGUGAGGCGUGCAGCAUCUAUUCCCAUUUUGCAAUGCCACGGCUUAGCUGACGACGUGGUAGCCUACAAACAUGGAGAAAAAUCUGCUCAGGCCUUAAGUUCAGCAGGAUUUAGAAAUCUUACAUUUAGAACCUAUGAUGGGCUGGGCCACUAUACAGUCCCUGAAGAGACAGAUGAAGUUUGCCAUUGGCUAACUGUGAAUCUGGGGCUUGAGAGAUCGCAGGCAUACUAGAGAAAACUAAUAGUUGCAUGGAGAUUCCGAAGUUGUGUUUAACCAUUUUAGAUGGCUAGGGAAGGCAGUCUAGAGUACACGGUGGACACGGUAUACAAGGUGUGGCGGCAUGGCUUGAGCUACUGCUACUAUAUAGCCUUUUAAUCUAUUUCUUUCUCAUAAAUAAACUAGAGUAUUGGUCUACAAGUUAUUUGUUUGCUAUUUUAGUUUCUCUUUGGCAAUUUGGGUUGGAAAUUUUGAGCGAGUGGAGCAAGAAGAGUCUUGUCUCUCUACGUCCAAGAAAUUUUGUGAUAAAUAAAAUAACUCGUAAUAUGCAUAUACAAGGUGGGUUUAUUUUUUCA